AAUAACGAAGGCACGCGUGUCGUCGUCGCGCGCGUCGAUUUGUUUCGGUGUGUCAAGAAGCAGCAGGAAGUCAGACGCGGCUCUGGAUCUCAGCCUGGGGUGGAAAGCACCACUUUGUAGAAGAACUGCUCCAGCUGUGGUUGACCAAGCCACUGGUACCAGCAGCCAUGUCCUACUGGUACAUUGGUGAUUCUGAGAAUACUGGAAAGCCUGCCAGUGACUUGGAGCAACAGAGUGACACCGGAGAGAAAACAGGAACCAAGGCUCCACUGGUUGAAGUCCCAGGCCCCAUCUCUAAUCCUAUUUAUUCCGUCAAUGUUGAGAACAUUGAGGCUGCUUAUGAAGAUGGUGAUGAGGAGGCUGCCAGGGAGCUGAUUCAACAAGCCUGCUGUGUGAAGUGUUCUUCUGGUUUCCAACCUGAUGGACUUCGUCUCUUGUCUGUGGCUUCUCUGCACGGUGACCUUCGGAGCAUCUGUUACCUUCUAAAAGAAGCUCAUAUUCCUGUGCCCCAGGAGCCAUCAUCAAACAACCCAGCCAUGUUGGCAGCUUUUCAUGGUCAUACCAGCCUGCUCAAAGAACUGUUGGAUACCAUACCUGGUGUGUGUCUAAAGAGGGACUUUGUAAACUGCCUGCUAAUCACAUCCUGCCAGCGGGGUCACCUGGAUGUGGUCCGUCUGCUCGUCCACGGCUACAAUGCUGAUGUCAGGGAUUUCGCCACCCACGACAAUGAGUUUGCGGUCAUCACCAGGCAGCCGCUGUAUGCAGCUGCGAAAGCAAGCAACGAGGAAAUGGCUCACUUCCUUUUAGACAAUGGCGCUGGAUUCUCAUCGUACACAUUGAUUGACUUUCCUGACUUCAGCAAACAACUCCUGAAGAACAAAAUACAAGAAAGUUCCAGUUCAAGUGAAGAUGAGGCUGUUGGUGUGUAUUGGAGUGGUUUGCAGCUUCCAUUUUUGGAGCUGGACUGGUUCCUAGAUGUCUGCUCACAGAUCACCCACCUGGACCUGUCCUCCAACAGCCUGGCUACGCUGCCCUCUGUGGUUCCUUGGGGUCUCAUUCGCCUAAGAAAUUUGGAUCUUUCUAAUAAUACUUUGAAAGAAUUGCCUUUUGCUGAAAAUUCCCAGGAUGUCAUCUGCUCUAGACUGCAGCAAAUAAACCUCCAUCAGAACCAGCUCACAAGUUUACCAUCUGGUCUCCUUCACCUGAUCGACCUUCAGAGACUUUGUGCUUCUAAGAACCAACUCACCGUUCUGUUUGACAUCUCAUCUACUGUGAACUGGAUCGGUCUCCGUAAGCUGGAGGAGCUGGAUGUGUCUGAUAACUGUCUGAGCAGCCUUCCCAUAUCUAUUAUGCACUGUUUGAAGUCCCUGGGCACUCUGAAGGUGUGCAGGAAUAAACUCCGCACGUUCCCAGACCCCUGGGCUUGUCCUCUGAAAUGCUGCAAAGCUUCUUCUAAUCUUCUUGAGAACCUCCCUGAUGCCAUUUCUAUGUCCUGGAGGACUCAACUGCAAGAAGUGGACUUCUCUGAAAACAGCCUGGAGGAGCUGCCAUCAUAUAUCUUUGAAUUAGAGGCCAUCAUCAUUUUGAGGCUGUGCGGAAAUCUGAUUUCAUCACUUCCUGCUCCCAAUAAAUGGAAAUGCUCCAAGCUGAAGAUACUUGAUCUUUCCAGGAACCAACUUGGCAAAACCGAUGAGGAGCCAAAAUCCAGAAGAUUAGCUUUCCUGACAGCAUGGAACCGGAAGGAUCCAGAUCCAGUGUGCCCCAUUGUGUUCCCCAGUAUCCUGCGGGAUUCACUGGAAGUGCUGACCCUAAACCAUAACCAGCUGGAGUGUGUUCCUCAGUCGGUGUGUGCUCUGCACAGCCUCACAGAGCUGGAUCUGUCCAAUAAUCCUGGGAUCCGAGAACUUCCAGCAGAGCUGGGCCUGCUGCCCAACCUGUGGCACCUGGAGAUAGAAGAACUGAACAUCACAAAUGUCCCCCAGGCCAUCAGAAAUGAAGGUUCUGCAUCUGUGCUGACCUUUCUCCGAGCACAUCUUCGAAAAGCAGAGCCUUGUAGGCAGUUGAAGAUGCUUGUCAUUGGGCCACCAAGGCAGGGGAAGACUGCCCUGGUGGAGGCUCUGCUGACCGGAAGGUCCUCUCCCUUCACCCCUGCAGAAUGCUGUAUCUCCACUUUCAUCUGGGAGCUGGAUAAAGGCAAUACAAGCAAAAAUAAUGGCUCAGCGGUGUUCAGUGUGUGGGACGUCGGAGGUCCAGCCAGCAUGACCACAGUGAACCAGUGCUUCUUCACGGAUAAGGCUCUGUAUGUGGUGAUCUGGAACUUGGCUCUGGGGGAGGAGGCUGUGAGUGACCUGCAGACGUGGCUCCUCAACAUAGAGGCUCGAGCUCCCAACUCUGCUGUGGUGGUUGUGGGAACACAUCUGGACCUCAUUGACACAAUUUUUCGUACGGAGAGGCUGGCGACCCUGAGAGCCUAUGUUCUGGCUCUGUGCCGAUCUCCAUCUGGAGCCCGAGCUGUUGGUUACCCAGACAUCACCUGCAAAAACCUGCAUGAAGUGUCAUGUAAAACUCUGGAGGGGUUGGAUGAUCUGAAGACCCUGCUCUUCCACACUGCUCUCUCCAUGAAGGACAGCAGCAGCUCAGCCUGUGGGGGUAAACUACUGGGCCGGCUGAUUCCCAGGAGCUACUUUCUCCUUCAGGAAGCACUGGUAGCACAGAAGAAGAGACGCAAUGCUCAGAGAGAGGUCCAAUAUCUGACUGAUAUCCAGUUAGACCACAUCAUUGAGCAGAUAUCAGAAAGUGACAUCACUGAAUAUGAAGACAAGCAAACUGCCAUUAGUUUUCUGAUAGAAACGGGAACCCUCCUGCAUUUCCCAGACACCAGCCAUGGCCUGUGUACUCUCUACUUCCUGUGUCCUGUGUGGCUGUCAGAUUGUCUGGAGAGGAUCAUAUGUCUGAGAUCAUCUCAGCCGAUGGCCAGGAACGGAGUGAUCCAAGCUAAAGAUCUCAAGGUUUUGGAAGGAACAGGCUUCACCCAGCAAACACAGGAGCAGUAUUUCCAGUUUCUGGCUAAAUUUGAGAUUGCUCUACCUCUGGGUAACAACAGUUACCUGCUGCCACAUCUCCUUCCUCCAAAACCUGCCAUGGACAUACACAACAUUCACAGAAGCACUACUAACACCCUUCAGCGUGUCUUCAAGAUGAGCUUCGUUCCUGCAGGAUUCUGGGAGCGUUUCAUUGCCAGGAUGCUCAUCAGCCUGGCAGAGAUGGACCUGCAGUUCUCUUAUCCCUCCAUAAAAACUGCUAAGAGCAAGCAUCACAGCCAGUCGGCCAUCUACAGCUUUGUUGGACAUGAGAAGAAGAGUCGAUGCAGCACAUUUAGAGUCCGCCGCAGCCAAACCAUCUACUGGAAGGAAGGGCUUCUGGUGACCUUUGAUGGAGGUUACUUCAGUGUCGAGUCAUCAGAAGUCAACUGGAAGAGGACAAAGAGUGGAGGCAUGAAAAUCAUCUGUCAGUCGGACACUAGAGAUUUCUCUGCUAUGGCCUUCAUCACCGAUCACGUCAAGUCUCUAAUCGAACAGUGGUUCCCUGCCCUGACUGCCAGUGAGACUGAUGGGAGUCUUCUUAUGGAGCAGUAUGUGCCGUGUUCUCUCUGCACCUCUAAAAACCUUCAGAAACAGCAGGAGCUCUUUUCUGCCGAGCCCAACAAGGUGAUGGAGCAGGACAUGCAUGGAGAAACUGGGAGAGGAGGAAAGGCAGCUGGUGCUCAUUACUUUAACAUGGAAGAUUGUGUGUUAGCUGCCAUGGAAAAGGAACAUAUCACCUGUCCUCUACACCCUGACCAUUUGGUUUUCCUGAAAGAACUGGUCCCAGAACUCUUGAUGACUGACUUCCCUGCACGCCUGUUUUUGGAAAAAUCCAAGCUGGAGUUGUCAGCAGAGACAGAAAACAUCAUUGGUCAAGGAGGCAGCGGGACCACCAUCUACAAAGCGAGAUAUGAUGGUCAACCAGUAGCUGUAAAACACUUCAACUUUAAGAAAUGUCAACAACUCAUCAGUGACACAGGUACCAUGAUAAAACAUCUGCAGUCUGCUAAUGCUUGUCGAAGCUUCUCUGAAUUCCGCCAGGAGGCCAGCAUGUUGCAUUCUCUGCACCAUCCUUGCAUCGUCUCUUUGGUGGGCAUCAGCAUUCAUCCACUGUGCUUUGCUCUGCAAUUAGCCCCUCUGGGUAGUCUCAACACUGUGCUAGAGGAGAAGCGCAAAGACAAAAGCUCUGCAUACAUGCCUCUCGGUCACAUGCUCACCUUUAAGGUAGCUUACCAGAUAGCCAUGGGGCUGGCCUAUCUUCACAGAAAGAAUAUUAUCUUCUGUGACCUUAAAUCUGACAACAUCCUAGUGUGGUCUCUAGAGGUGCAGGAUCUAGUCAACGUUAAAUUGUCUGACUAUGGCAUUUCUCGACACUCCUUCCGUGAAGGGGCUUUAGGAGUCGAGGGCACUCCAGGUUACCAGGCUCCUGAAGUCCGACCAGGAAUUGUAUAUGAUGAAAAGGUUGACAUGUUCUCAUAUGGGAUGGUGAUAUAUGAGCUGCUGUCUGGACGAAGACCGGCACUGGGAGACCACCAGCUUCAGACAGCCAAGAAACUGUCCAAAGGGAUCCGGCCUGUCUUAGGUGGUCUAGAGCAGAUCCAGUUCCACAGCCUCCAUACUCUGAUGACUAGCUGUUGGGACACCAAACCAGAGAAGAGGCCUGGGGCGAUGCAGUGUGUGAGACUAAUGCAGGAACCCAGCUUCGCGUGCCUCAGGUAUCUGUUGUCCUGUGACAGCCACUCUCAGCUCUUCCUGUCCCAGCUGCAGGGAUCCAGCGCUGUGUUUUGGCAUGGAAACAACGAGGACAGGACCUACAGUGUUGUGAAUGUGGAGAACGGCCAAAUGGAGGUGAAGAGGAUGUCCUGUCCAGGCAGCAGGAUCAGUUGCCAAAUGAAGAUCCAAAACACCCUGUGGAUGUCCACUGAGGAACAAGAGAUGUUCAUCUACAGUCUGAAGGACAUGUGCCCACUAAGUCAACCCCAAAAGCAGUUCUCUUGUCCGGCUGUGAUCACAUGUCUGUUCUAUGUUCCAGCACGAGCACAGGGCCUGGCCAAGGUGUUUGCUGGGAUGUCUGAUGGCCUGGUGGCGGUGUUCAACCUGGUGGAUGACCUUCCUCUGGAGGGGGAGACCUACUUGUGUUCACACUCCUUGAAUAAAACAGUAUUUGGUCUGAAGGACUCGGAUCUGAGACAACGACCAUUUCCAGUCAGAAGCAUGGCUCUGGUCAGCAGUGGCUCGCAGUUAUGGUUCUCCAACGGUCCCGGAUUGCUGGUUGUUGACUCUCUGAGUCUUCAGGCCAUUCGAAGGCUGGAACCAUACAAACCUCCAUCCUCUAUCGUCAGUAUAGCAACCAGCUUCUGUUUGUGGGGAGAAGAAGCAGUCUGGACCUUGGAUGACCACACCAACACCCUGCUGCUGUUCCACGCUGCAUCUUACCAGCUCUGUGCUACAUACUACUGUGGUCAUAUCGAUCCCAUUCGUGACGUCUUCCCAGUGCAGCAUCCUGCAGGGAUCGCCAUGGCGGCAGCGGAUGGUGUCACAACUAAAAACCAGGAAACAGAUGCAGAAGGGACCCAUAAAGGUGUGACGGUGAUUCACAGUGAGGGAGCAGGCAUUCAGAUAAUCCAACAUCAAGACUUCCUGGCAGACUACUGCUCCCUGGAUCCACCAGAGUUGGACUCAGACUAUCUGUUAAACUGUGGAGGACAUGUACUGCUGCCUGCAAAUGUGGGGGGGUCAUGCAGCGACCAGGACCAACAGAGAACCACAAGCACUGCUGAAACACCUCUGCUGCUGCAGGCGUUCACGCUUCUCCCAGUCCACGGGACACUGUGGAUACCAAGGCGUGGAGGAGAUGUGAUGAUCAUCAAUAUGCAGUCACAUCAAAACCAGUUGAAGGGGUGUGUCGCCGCUGUCCUCAGUCCACCUGGACUUUCCACUCUGGGGACUCUAGAAGAAGCAGCUCUAGUGGCAAACAACACAAUUGUCUGUGGCUUUCAGAAGAGCUCAGAGUGGAGCCUGGUUGUCUGGAGAGCCUGGGGCUGCUGUGAACUGGAGGUCUUCUACCACUCCUGGGAGAAACUCGGCCACCUGGAGGCCGGCAUGAGGAGGAGACGGUAGCUGUUGUCCAGCAGCUCCUACAGACCACCCCCCAUAAACACACAGCUGCAGUACAAAGGAGACCUGCAGAAAAGAACUUGUUCUUUGUGACGUAGCCCUUACAGACACCACCGGUCAGAGGAAACAUAGAUAGGCAGGCCUUGGGUUGAACGCUACUGCCUAUUGGUGCUUAAAAGCAGUGGCGCCGCCAUCUUGGAUUGGUUGCUGUCCUCCCUCUGACAUAGGCGUGUUAAAUCAACUGUAACACACGUGUAGCUCUGCUGCAGGACAUGUGGGUUGUCUGUGGGACUUAUGGGACUCUUGUCCAGACAAAAAAAACCACUAUUAAUAAUAUUGUCAUGUCCUGUGUCCCUUGUCUCCUCAGUUUGUUCCGUGUUUCUCCCUCCUAGGUGUCCCUGUCCCUUCCAUGUCCCUCGUCUCCGGUCUCCUAAUUUGUCCUUCAGGUUUUUACAUGAUUUCUUUUUUAGUUCAUGUAUUUUCUACAGUCAGUUGUUGUUUAGUUCAUUUCCCCAGCCUUCUAAUUCAGUUGUAGUUAUGUUUUCUAUUCUUUCAUCCUUUAGUUAUAAUCUCUUAUUGUUUUAUCUGGUUUUGUUCAAGCCUCCAUUUCCCAUAGUUCUGUUGUCUUGCCUUGUUUCCCCUCAGUGCCCUGUCACACCUGUCUCCACUCGCCGCCUCAGUCUGUUUAAACCCAGCUCUGCCCAUCGCUUCCUCGUGUUUGUGUGGAUCAGGAACAGGCAGACAUAUAUAACCUACACGGCUGCCCCCUGGAUUUACUGCACUUGGGUCCUACAACAACCUCCAUCCAUGACAAAAAUAUGAUGGAAAAGCGGAAGUAACCGUUAUUCUAUAACACCUUUCACAGGGAAAAAUCACCAGGUGCUUCACAUUACACAGAAUAAAACACAUGAACAUAAAUGGAGCAAAUUUAAAAAGUCACGUUUUUAAGAGUUUAAAGACGCAGCAGGAAUCAACACAUGGCAGAGAGAGGAGGAGCAUUCCACAGCCAAGGAGCCAUCACCACAGGACUCUAGGUGGGAUUUUGGGACUGCCCGGAACAUCCGACCUUCUCAGGUAACGUUCAGGAGUGUAGGUUUGCACCAAACCCGUUAUAUGUGAGGGUGCAUGACCAUGUAGGGCUUUAAAAGUUUAAGCUGGGAAUUUAAAAUGAGCUCUAAAAUUCACAGGAAGCCAGUGGAGCGAGGCCAGGACGGGAGUCGUGUGGGAAUGUUUAUGAACUCCAGACCGCAGUCGUGCAGCAGCAUGUUGCACUAGUUGUGUUUUUGCUGCUUGAUGUUUAGACCAGCUAAAAGCCUGGUAGAGUGGUCCAGGUGUGAUGAAACAAAAGCAUGAAUGAACAUAUCCAGAUUGGACUUGGAAAUGAAAGGUUUUAUUUUAAGGUGAAAGAAGCAUUUUUAAUGAUGAUGGUUAAACGACACGGCAGAAUCGAAUGUGACACCUGCGCUCCGGGAGUUUCCUUGUCAGGUGCAAUUACGAGAACCUCAGUUUCAUCUGCAGUCAAGCUCAAGUAAUUUUCAUUUUACCAUUGCUUCAUUUCAGACAAGAAUAAGAAGACAGUCUUUUAUAAAGCGCCUCUCAGGGUCAAAAUCGUGAGGCGCUUCAAAAAAACAAAGUUAUGGUGUAAAAAGAUUUUAAAAAUCAUUAAAAAUAAGUUUAAAAGGAGAAAAUAAAAUAAAUGUAAGGAAAGGGAGAGAGAAAAUGAACAGGAAAGAGGGAAAUCAGUGGAUCCCGGGAAAGGUGAAAUAAGAGCAGAACAAGGAGACAGUGGUGAAGGAGGUCACACCAAAACCUGAACAAGUGAGUCUUCAGCUGCUUUUUAAAGGAGACCACUGAGUCCACUGAUCUCAGGCUCAGGGGGAGAGAGUUCCAGAGUCUGGGGGCCACAGCAGCAAAUGAUCUGUCACCUUUGACCUUUAGCCUGGUGCGCUGCACAACCAGUAGGCUUUGAUCACUGGACCUCAGGGACCUGCUGGAGGUGUAGGGAAUAAGAAGAUCACCAAAAACAGCAUUGACAGUCUAGACACUUUUAAAAAACAGCUAAAGACACUUUUAUUUAAAGCUGCUUUUACCUAAACCUUUUAUUUUCUUAUUUUUAACUCGG